UCCUUUUUUCAGAAUCGCGGGUCUCCUUAUCCAGAUUCCUUCCUUCUCUCUCCUCCUGGUUUGACAAAUUAAAGCUUCUCCGCUUCAUUUUUGACAUAUAUUUACGUAUACGUGUAGGAGUACAUAUAUAAAUUUACAUGUGGCUGUAUACUGAUAGCAGAUAGAUUUGUGUUUCCUUGGAUCGCGAUAUCGAAAAUCAGGAAUUGAGAAUCUAAGUUAUGCAGCGACUCGUUGACAACGUCCUCGCUGUAACCAAAGAAUCUGUGAAGACAGUCACUUACGAGUCAUUAAAUAACAUUGCAAGAGUGAUAAAUGGAGUAUCAGCACUUCUUUUGACCCUUCUGCCUGGGAAGGCUUCUAUUCUGGAAGGUAUUCAUGGUUGGGAGCUCAGACCAACUUUCCGUGGACCUCGUUUUCCACGAUGGAUGGAGAAUGGGGUGUCCUCAUUCAACCAGUUUAUCCAUGAGCUUUCUGUUGAUUCUGAUACUUCAAGCUUGGAUUAUUCUUCCGGAGAAGAUAGUGAUGGAAUAUAUCCUGCAACACCAUCAUCUCGCAGUUCACGGUUUUCUCGCUCAAGUACUUUUGCUAAGAGGUCAAAAACUCCUUCUGACCAAGAAGGUUAUCAGCCUUCCCCAAGACGUUCUUUCAGGAAAACAGGCACUUUGAAGGACCAUGUCGUUCAUCGUACCACGGACAGGAGACGUGGUGUCAUUGAGGAUCUUCACCUAGCCAUCGAGAUCUUCAUAGAAACAAUAUUUGAUUUUUUCCACAAGGCUGCACAUUUUCUUCUGUCUCCAUCAGAAGCGUGCAGAAUUCUCUUAAGAUGGUUUUUUCCUUUGAGUGCUGGGAUUUCAGAAAGUAGUGAUACUGGUUUGGAUGAUUCUGUACCCACAACGACUCUUGGAGAGGAUGAUCCAGCUCUCGCAGAAAGGACUUCUUCCUUUCAUCAAUCUCUGAAUACUGAUGCUCGGACAUGUCAGGACGUCAUAACAGAACUAGGGUACCCAUAUGAAGCUAUUCGAGUGAUUACUUCUGAUGGCUAUGUCCUUCUUUUGGAAAGGAUUCCUAGGUAUGUUCUCUCUUUUAUUUUUUUCCCUCUUGAUGUUGCUUCCAUUCAGAUGGUUAUGAUAUUUGCAUUGUGCUGA